CAAAGCAAGAGAGGGAGAGCUUAACUAAAAUGGCAGAAUUUGGAUUGUCUAUUGCGAUUAAUAAUUUGAUUUCAAAAUGUUUCAAAGCUUUAAAGAUGCUGAUAGAUCUCCCACAAGAAGUUGCAGAAGUUAGAGAUGAACUAGAAAGCUUUCAAUAUUUCAUCCAUGAAGAAGACAAAGUGGCUGAAGCUGAAGAAGAUAAAGUGGCAGAAGCUGAAGAAGAUAACAAAAGGAGUCAUGGAAUAAGAAAAAGAUUGAUGAAGCUGAGAAAAGCAGCUUAUCGCAUGGAAGAUGUAAUCGAUGACUAUGAGAUAUUUAAGGAAAAUCAACCUGAAGAAGAUCCUCGGUGUGCAGCUUUACUCCGUGAGACUGUUAAAAUCAUCAAAACUCAAAUCCUUCUCAUUCCAAUAGUGUUUCGGAUUCAGGAUGUUAAGAAACUUAUUCGUGAGGAAAGAGAUGGCUUCGAAAAAAGUUUUCCUAGAGGAUCAACAUCAGACGGUUCAAGAGGAAAUGAAAAUUCCACAUGGCUUAAACUUCGAAUGGAUCCUUUCUUUAUGAAGGAAGACGAGGUUGUUGGCUUUGAAGAACCUAUACAAAGAUUGACAAAGUGGUUGACAGAGGGAGGAAAGGAACGCACUGUCAUCUCUAUUGUAGGAAUGGCAGGAUUGGGAAAAACCACUCUUUCUAAGCAAGUUUUUGACAGGGUCAAAGACUUUGACUGCCAUGCGUUGAUCACAGUGUCUCGAUCCUACACUGUUGAACGGCUGCUGAGGGAUUUGAUGAAGGAGCUUUGCAACGACAGAGCGGAGAAACCUCCUCCGGAUCUUGCAACUAUGAAUCGAAUGUCGUUGAUAAAAGAAGUCAUAAACCGCUUAAGGAAUAAGAGGUAUGUUGUCUUGUUUGAUGACGUAUGGAAAGAAAAAUUUUGGGAUGACAUUGAAUCUGCUUUAAUUGAUGAUAAAAAUAAAAGUAGAAUAUUAAUCACUACCCGUGAUGAGAAGGUUGUGGAGUUCUGUAAGAAAGCUUUAUCUUUUAAGGUGCAUAAGUUACAACCUUUAAGUGAUGCAAAAUCAUUGGAGUUGUUAUUUAAGAAGGCGUUUGGGUAUGGUUUUGAUGAACGUAGUCCAAAAGAUUAUGAAAAAGUAGGUCUGGAUAUUGUUAGGAAGUGCGGAUAUUUACCUCUAGCAAUUGUAGCUAUUGGUAGUCUUUUGUAUAGAAAAUAUGAAACUCCUCCUGAAUGGGUCCUGUUUUAAUAAAAUCUAAGUUUUGAGAUGGAGAGGAAUUCGGAGUUACACAGUGUAAAAAAAAUUUUAAGUUUGAGUUACGAUGGUUUGCCACGGAAUCUCAGGUCAUGUUUGUUGUAUUUCGGAAUGUAUCCUGAAGAUUACGAAGUUAAAUGUGGUACAUUAAUUCAGCUGUGGAUAGCUGAAGGGUUUGUAAAACAAGAAAGUGGAAGAAGUUUAGAAGAAGUUGCACGACAACAUUUAAUGGAGUUGAUUAGUAGAAGCUUGGUACAAGUAGCAUCAUUUACCACAGAUGGCAAAGCUAAAGCAUGUCGUGUUCAUGACUUAAUACAUGAAAUGAUCCGUGAAAAAAUUAAGAAUACGGGCUUUUGUCACUAUAGUGAUGGGCAUAAUCAUUCGGGGUCAAGUGAUAUCAUUCGACGCUUAACAAUAGGAAGAAGUUCCAAUUGUUUAAGUGGAUCUAUGGAAGAAUCGCAAAAUGUUCGGUCAAUUCUAAUUUUUAAAAAAGAAGCGUCAUCGGAAGACUUCACCAGGCCCUUGCUUGCAAAAUACAUGCGGUUGAAGGUGCUCGAUUUUGCAAAUGCUCCAUUAGAGGAUAUUCCUGAAAAUUUGGGGAGUUUAAUCCACUUAAAGUAUCUAAGCUUCCGGGGUACAUCCAUAACAAGCCUUCCAAAAUCCAUUAGUGAGCUCCAGAACUUGGAGACCCUAGAUGUACGAGCAGAUGGGGAGAUUAAGGUACCAGAGGAGAUUACCAAGCUGAAAAAGCUACGUUAUCUAUUGGGUAAGCCAAUAUCUUCCAUUGAAGUGAAGGAUAGUCUUGGGAGCAUGACAUCCCUGGAAAAGAUGCAUGUAUUGAAAAUAGAUCCAGAUGGAGACGUUAUUAGGGAGCUUGGAAAGCUAACGCAAUUAAGGGAUCUGAGGCUGAUUAGUCUUCCGGGAGAUCAUGCGGAUACUCUUUGUUCCUCAAUAAACACGAUGCCACUCUUGGAGCGACUGCAUAUCUCCAUAAUAGAUUUGACUCAAGUUGACUUGCACAUUCCGUCAUCCUUGUCUAAACUAAGGAAGCUUCUCCUAUCGGGCAACUUAAAAGAACUCCCAGAUUUGAGUUCGUUCCAAAAUCUUGUGAAAUUGUCUUUGGCUUCUUCCCGCUUAACUAAAAAUCCAUUGAUACCUUUGGGACAAAUGCCAAAUUUGUUAACCCUCUUUUUCGGCUCCAGUUCUUAUGAAGGAGAAACUUUACAUUUUAAAAAUGGAGGAUUUCUAAAACUAAAGGAACUACAGUUUGAUAGUUUGUUGUAUUUGAGGUUCAUCUCUAUUGAUAGCGGGGCACUGCAAGCUUUGGAAAAGCUUAAGAUAUUAAAUAUUUUUCCACUGAAGGCAGUACCCGGCAUUCAACACUUAAAGAAACUCCAAUUUCUCGAAAUCAUCCAUGUGUCGGCUGAAUUUCACCGAAAGAUUGACCCCAAUGAAGGAGAAGAGUAUUUCAUGAUCAAACAUGUGCCCCAUUUACGUAUUCUCCCAUUUCCUGAGAAAUGGCAACAUAUUCAGAGUUUAACAGCAGCCUUAAUAACAUUUUACCAGCGACAAGAUUCUUUCAUCAAUACCAGGAAUCUUCCGACAAGAGCAACAACUACAGCGAGUACUUCAUCAAGUCAGGAGUCUAACAUUUAGUGGAGAUGUUGACUUGAGGAACCGAACAAUUGGUGUCGUCUAUGUGUACUCGAGGAACCCAACAUUGUUGAUAAGUAAGCAUUUAAAUUUGUAGUUUUGUAAAUACGGAUGCAAGUGAUGUUGCAUAUUUAAGGCUGGUCUUUGGACAUGCAUGAAGAAGUUUGUCUCUUCCGUAUUUUGGUAUUUUGAUGGAAAUGUAGUGUGCAUACCAUUGUGAAGUGAUGCACAUGGAUGCUGGUAAAAGUGAUUGCUGGAGUUGAAUUGGUUGGAGUACUGUUUUCAACCCAUUUUGUUUGAUCAUCUUAGAUAUGUUGUGGAGUGUUAAAGUUUCAAAAAGGGUCGCUUUAUGUUUGUAAAUGAGUGAUCAGUACACAAUUUUCAGAAAUUUUCAUGACGACUAUGUUGGAACAAUUUUCACACCCUUCAAUGUUCAUUCUUGGCAUUUCCAUUGAGCAUGUUUGUAUUGUGGAUUGAUCAUUAGUUCUUCUUAAAAUAUAGUGUGUGAAGACCAUAAAAAUGAUGUGCACGACAUUUUGUGUGAAAAUAUUAAUGCGUGUCAUUUAAGUAAAAUUCUGGAAAACUGUUAAUGUCCUUUGAAAUUCUGGGUGAUGGGUUAACAUAUAUGGUUUUU